AUUCCAGGUGUGGGCCACUGUGCCUGGCUGAGUUUGCUGUUUCUUAACAUGUGACGUUCCAACCCAGUGGGACCCACUUACAUGCACUGUCCUGCUUUGGACCAUGGGGAGCUGGGGUGCUGGACCCAUCUCCCACCUUCUACAGCCUGGAGUGUGCUCCCAGAUGACAUAGCCAAGCUGGCAUGUUUUUCCCUCAUUGGUGGAAAGUUCAGCAAUCCCUGACUCCCUCAUCCUGCCCUGUUGAGAUUUAAAAAAAUUUCCUCCUCUGGGCCUCAGAGCCGCCUCCUACCUGAGGUUUAUUGCUUUCUCUGCACUUGCAUUGAGCCUCUGCAGCCCUUUAAAAGGGGCAGAGCCUAUAGUGUGACCAGCAGGUCCUGUCCCUAGGAGAUAACAGCGUCCUGGACAGCAGGUGCAGGUUUCCCAGCAGCUCAGGCAACAGCCUGAUGUUUGUGCCACCUGAUCCUGAUGUCUGGAGAGAUAGCCAUGUGUGAGCCUGAAUUUGGCAACGGCAAGGCCAGGGAGCCGAGUGUGGGUGGCAGGUGGCGAGUGUCCUGGUAUGAACGGUUUGUGCAGCCGUGCCUGGUCGAACUGCUGGGCUCUGCUCUCUUCAUCUUCAUCGGGUGCCUGUCGGUCAUCGAGAAUGGGACGGACACUGGACUGCUGCAGCCGGCCCUGGCCCAUGGGUUGGCUUUGGGGCUCGUGAUUGCCACACUGGGGAAUAUCAGUGGUGGACACUUCAACCCUGCCGUGUCCCUGGCAGCCACGCUGAUCGGAGGCCUCAACCUGGUGAUGCUCCUCCCGUACUGGGUCUCACAGCUGCUCGGGGGGAUGCUCGGGGCUGCCUUGGCCAAGGCGGUGAGUCCCGAGGAGAAGUUCUGGAAUGCGUCUGGGGCAGCCUUUGUGACCGUCCAGGAGCACGGGCAGGUGGCAGGGGCGUUGGGGGCAGAGAUCAUCCUGACGACGCUGCUGGCCCUGGCCGUGUGCAUGGGUGCCAUCAAUGAGAAGACAAAGGGCCCUCUGGCCCCGUUCUCCAUCGGCUUUGCUGUCAUCGUGGAUAUCCUGGCCGGGGGCACUGUAUCUGGAGGCUGCAUGAAUCCGGCCCGUGCUUUUGGACCUGCAGUGGUGGCCAACCACUGGGACUUCCACUGGAUCUACUGGCUGGGCCCACUCCUGGCUGGCCUGCUUGUUGGACUGCUCAUUAGGUGCUUCAUCGGAGAUGGGAAGACCCGCCUCAUCCUGAAGUCUCGGUGAAGCUGAGCUCGUGGGAUUCCUGCUGCUCCAGGUGUCCUCAGCUCACCUGUCCAAGACUGAGGACCAGAGAGUUCCUUCAUUUCCUGCUAAGGCAGAGGCCCGGAGGAGCCACUCCCUGCUUUCACUGCUUGGGCCUGGUUUCUCAGAUAGACUGACUGCUGAGAAGGCUCUAGGUUCCUGGAAUUCCUUUGUGCUCAUCAGAGACCCCAGCCUGGGGAACAUGCUGCCCGCGCUGCCCAGAGAGUGGUGCAAACACCACAACACGAGGGUAUUUCUUGAGAGGAAGGUCCCCGAGUUGGACGAGGAGGCUGUUUCUGCACAUCAGCUCAUUCCCGCACCCCGUUUCUUUCUCCUUCUCUUGUUUCUUGAUUGUUUUGUUGUAGAAGGGCCUUCUGGGGGCCCGGCAACUUCCUUGCUUCUCAAGCUGACAAUUCUCACUUUGCAAUAAAUAGUCCAGUAUUUCCUUCCA